CGAAGGCCCGGGGCGCCCAGCAGAGGCCGGACCAUGGCUGACCCGUUGCGGGAGCGCACCGAGCGGCUCCUGGCCGACUAUCUGGGGUGCUGCGCCCGGGAACCCGGCACCCCUGAGCCGAGGCCGUCCACGCCCGAGGCCGCCGUGCUGCGCUCAGCAGCCGCCAGGUUACGGCAGCUCCACCGGUCCUUCUUCUCCGCCUACCGCGGCUACCGCGGGAACCGCGUCGAGCUGGUGGCGCUGAUGGCGGAGGCCGUGCUCUCCGACAGCCCCGGCCCCACCUGGGGCAGGGUGGUGUCGCUGGUGACCUUCGCGGGGACGCUGCUGGAGAGAGAGCCGCUGGUGACAGCCUGGUGGAAGAAGCGGGGCUUCCAGCCGCGGCUGAAGGAGCAGGAGGGCGACGUCGCCCGGGACUGCCAGCGCCUGGUGGCCUUGCUGAGCUCGCGGCUCGCGGGGCAGCACCGCGCCUGGCUUCAGGCUCAGGGCGGCUGGGAUGGCUUUUGUCACUUCUUCAGGAGCCCCUUUCCGCUGGCUUUUUGGAGAACACUGCUGAUCCAGGCUUUCCUGGCAUGCUUGUUAGCAACAGCCUUCGGUUAUCUCUGGACACGAUUAUUAUGAGUUUUAAAAUUUUUAACCCACUUCUACCUGCCCAACUGUGACCAACUAAAUGACAGAGGUGUGAGAACAAGAACUGAGAGAAAGCACCUUCCCCCACCGCAGACGUUUUUACCUGAAUGCAUACAAGGAGUCCUGAGGUGGUGAUGUGGCCAGUGUUUUAACUUGUGACAAGUACUCAGGUGUGAGGACAAGAAUGCAAAUGGCUCUUCCCUGAGUGAAAGAAAUGGGGAGUCCAGUGCCUCAUUAUGCCAAAGAAUCACAGAAGAAACUUCUUUCCAUUAAAUGGGGAAAUACAGUGCUAUUUGCUAAAACUCGGAUAAGAAUGCGAACCUCUCAUCUCUCCACAACUUCAUGUGCUGCUGACUAAUUUUAAUCAUGGCCACAGCUGGGGCAAAAUAAUCCCCAAAGCAGAAAAAGUCCCAGUUUAACAAGGAAUGUAAUGUUAAAAUCACUUAUAAGGAAUUCUUUGAAACCAAAUCCUUUGAAAUCUAAUUCCUGGGACUUCUAGGUUUUUAUAGUUAACAUAUUAAUUUCUUCAAUAAAUGGUUAACUUCAAAGUUUUAAUAAAUUUGUAUCUUUAA